GUCACAGAACCGCAGGCACACAUACACACACACUCCUAGCAGUGGAUUAGUAUCCAAGCGUAGCUAAAGACUCUCGGCGCGAGUGCCUGUCAGAUAGGAAAAGGCAGGGAGGCAGAAAAGGGAAAAGAGGGGACCUAUUGGAAGAAGCUCUCUUCUGGGAGACUGUACAUCACUGCAUUUGUCAAAAGGCAUCAUCUCUCCCUGUAAACAGAUUCUGGUCCCUUGGUGAAGCAGCCCUCACAUUUUCUUCUUCAGAUGCACUCCGAGUCUCUGAUGGCCCCAUUUCUGUGAAGUGUGCACGUUGUCCCCUUUUUUGCCCACCUCUGACUACGGGGUGGUACGGCCGUGGCCGGUGUGUUUUGUGUGGCGGCGCGGGGUGCCGCUUGAUUGGGCAGCCGGCACGGGCGGCAGUGGUGACCAUGGCGGGACGCUUGUUACUUCUCCUUGUGUGGUUUCUGAGCAGCGAAGCGGAAGCUCAGCGGAGUACCGGCGUUAUCCCUAGCAACCAAGUAAAUUUACUGGAUUCCCGAUCAGUCAUGGGAGAUCUGGGAUGGAUUGCCCACCCAAAGAAUGGGUGGGAAGAGAUUGGGGAAGUGGAUGAAAAUUAUGCUCCGAUACACACCUAUCAAGUUUGUAAAGUGAUGGAACUCAAUCAAAACAACUGGCUUUUGACCAACUGGAUUUCAAAUGAAGGAGCUUCUAGAGUAUUUAUUGAAUUAAAGUUUACACUCCGAGACUGCAAUAGCCUUCCAGGAGGACUAGGUACUUGUAAGGAAACAUUUAAUGUGUUUUAUUUUGAAUCUUUUGAUGAGGAUAAUAGAAGCAUUCGAGAAAACCAAUACAUAAAAAUUGACACUAUUGCAGCUGAUGAAAGCUUUACAGAGUUAGAUCUUGGGGAUCGAGUGAUGAAGCUUAACACUGAAGUGAGAGACAUUGGACCUUUGACAAAAAAAGGAUUUUACUUGGCUUUCCAAGAUGUUGGUGCCUGUAUUGCUCUGGUGUCUGUACGUGUGUACUAUAAAAAAUGCCCGUCUGUUGUUCGUAAUCUGGCUCUUUUCCCUGAUACUAUCACUGGAGCUGACUCUUCACAGCUGCUGGAGGUAUCUGGGUCAUGUGUGAACAAUUCAGUGGCAGAUGAUCCUCCCAGAAUGCACUGCAGCGCUGAGGGUGAAUGGUUGGUCCCUAUUGGAAAGUGCAUGUGCAAGGCUGGAUAUGAGGAGAUAAACAACAGUUGUCAAGCUUGCAAACCAGGAUUUUUCAAGUCCUCACCACAGGGCCUGUCAUGUAGCAAGUGUCCACCUCACAGUUAUGCAAAUGAAGAGGCAUCCACAUCCUGCAAGUGUGAGGAAGAUUACUUCAAGAAAAACACAGAUCCUCCCACAAUGGCUUGCACAAGGCCUCCUUCCGCUCCAAGGAAUGCUAUCUCCAACGUGAAUGAGACAAGUGUGUUUUUGGAAUGGAUCCCCCCUGCUGAUACUGGUGGACGGAAGGAUGUGACCUACAACAUCAUUUGUAAGAAGUGCAGUUCUGACUCAAGCGUAUGUGAAGAAUGUGGCAACCGUGUACGAUAUCUCCAGCAGCAGGCUGGCUUGAAGAACACUUCUGUCAUGGUGGUUGAUCUUCUAGCCCACACUAACUACACAUUUGAGAUUGAGGCAGUGAAUGGUGUGUCAGAUCUGAUCUCUUCUGCCCGACAGUAUGUUUCUGUCAAUGUGACUACUAAUCAGGCAGCACCUUCUCCCAUAAAUCAAGUGAAGAGGGAGAAGACCACAAAAAACAGCAUCUCCUUGUCAUGGAAAGAGCCAGAACAUCCCAAUGGCAUCAUUCUGGAAUACGAGAUUAAAUAUUUUGAAAAGGACCAAGAAACAAGCUAUACCAUUGUGAAAUCCAAGGAAACUGAAAUUACUGUAGAUGGCCUGAAGCCUGCAUCGGUUUACAUCUUUCAGAUCCGUGCACGAACUGCAGCAGGCUAUGGUGGAUUUAACCGCAGAUAUGAAUUUGAAACCAGUCCAGUGUCAGUAACUGCAUCCAGUGAUCAGAGUCAGAUUCCCAUCAUUGCUGUGUCAGUGACAGUUGGGGUGAUACUUCUAGCAGUUGUUAUUGGUUUUCUUCUGAGUGGAAGGCGUUGUGGCUACAGCAAAGCAAAGCAGGAUCCUGAAGAGGAGAAGAUGCAUUUUCACAAUGGUCACAUUAAGCUACCUGGAAUAAAAACUUAUAUUGAUCCACACACCUAUGAGGAUCCAAAUCAGGCAGUCCAUGAAUUCGCCAAGGAGAUCGAUGCCUCUUGUAUCUCUAUUGAAAGGGUGAUUGGAGCUGGGGAGUUUGGUGAAGUAUGCAGUGGACGCUUGAAAAUGCCUGGGAAAAGAGAGUUUUCUGUAGCCAUCAAAACUCUUAAGGCUGGUUACACAGACAAACAAAGGCGUGAUUUCUUGGGUGAAGCAAGUAUCAUGGGACAGUUUGAUCAUCCUAAUAUAAUCCAUCUAGAAGGAGUUGUCACAAAAAGUAAACCUGUAAUGAUAGUAACAGAAUAUAUGGAAAAUGGAUCUCUUGAUACAUUCUUAAAGAAGAAUGAUGGUCAAUUUACGGUAAUCCAGCUGGUUGGAAUGCUGCGUGGGAUUGCGUCAGGCAUGCGCUACCUUUCUGACAUGGGCUAUGUGCACAGAGACUUGGCGGCUAGGAAUAUCUUAGUGAACAGCAACCUGGUUUGCAAAGUCUCUGACUUUGGCCUGUCUAGAGUCCUGGAAGAUGACCCAGAAGCUGCUUAUACAACCAGAGGUGGAAAGAUUCCAAUUCGAUGGACAGCUCCUGAGGCAAUUGCUUUCCGGAAGUUUACUUCAGCCAGUGAUGUGUGGAGCUACGGCAUUGUUAUGUGGGAGGUUAUGUCAUUUGGUGAGCGACCCUACUGGGAGAUGACAAACCAAGAUGUGAUUAAAGCUGUUGAAGAGGGGUAUCGCUUACCAAACCCUAUGGACUGCCCUGCUGCACUGUAUCAGCUAAUGCUUGACUGUUGGCAAAAGGACCGUAACAGCAGACCUAAAUUUGAAGUAAUAGUCAGUAUAUUAGAUAAGCUCAUUCGUAACCCAAGCAGCUUGAAGACAUUGGUUAAUGCUUCAAACAGGGAAUCAACUCUUCUAAUAGAGCACAGUACAGUAAGCAUUGCACCUUACAGAUCAGUAGAUGAAUGGCUUGAGACAAUAAAGAUGGGACGGUAUACUGACGCAUUCAUUGAAAGUGGAUAUACUUGCAUGGAGUCUGUCGCACAAAUGACCAUAGAAGACUUAAGAAGACUUGGCAUCACCCUGGCUGGUCACCAGAAGAAAAUCAUGAGCAGUGUUCAGGAGAUGAGACUUCAUUUAAUGAAUGGAACAGUUCCAUUGUGACUGGUCACUCCUUAUCUGGUCCACUGUCUAUGGUGGAAAGUUCAGCACUUUGUAAACAGGAACUUGAAAUAUUUCUCAAACAAUUAAAAAGGGAAAACUAUGAAAUGAAGAAGCCACCUACAAAAGCCACGUUAAAGCAAGCAGUAUUUGACUGAAGAUUAUUUUUUACCUUUCUCUUUCUUCAAUUUAAUAACAUGUAAUAUGCAUGAAAACAGAUAUAAAUAAUAUUAAUCAUUUUUAUUGCUUUAACGUUGAAAGCCUUCCCACAACAUGUAUGUUUUGUACAUGAAAUGUACAUAGCACCUUCUAAAGCUAGUCAUAUAACAACACACACACACACACACACACACACACACACACACACACACACACACACAAAUACUUCCAGUGACUCAUAUGAAGUGAUCUUUCAUCAGUUGUGGGCAUACUAAAAUGGCUGCCAUAAUAAGUACACUCUUAGUUGUCUACAGGUGUGUAUUGAGGAGCAAUAUAAUUAGUUUAUUUUUUGCAAAGACUUUGUUUUGUAAAUUUAUAAACAAUGCUGUUUUACAGAGGUUAAGUUAUAGAAAAGAUUAUGCACUCAUUGAGUAGUGCUAAUCACAAUAUAUUUAUUGUUUUGAAUAUUUGUAGCUGCCCAUUUGAUGGCUGUUUCUUUAAGCAUUUAUGUUGCAGUUUGGUUCCUGAAUAAUGUAUAUAUAUGUAUAUUGUACAGUUUGUAACAGAAGGGUGCAUAACUAUUUUUUUCAUGCUACCACUCCGUCAUUAAUGUUGUCAUUGUCUGAAUGUUUUUUUAUUUCUGCAGAACUGGUGAUAUUUUUUUAAACCAGUAAAAAGCAUACAACAAUGUCAAACAGAGUUAAGGAUCGUGCCAUCAGCAGCUCUUAUGAAAGGAAGCGUUUACAAACAAUUAUUCUGUCUGCCAGAGUUGGUGCUACAAAGUAUGUUAUCUUUAAGGGCCAAUGACCUUGAUGUCCUAUUCUAACAGUAAGCACCUUUUUGAGGAGACUGCAAAGGAAAUGAAGUCUUACUACUUGAAAGCACAACUUCAAAGACAUAAUUGUGAUUCAUUGGUUAAGUUUUUGCCUCACAAUUUCAGAAUAUGACCCCCAUUUACUAUCAGCACAUUUUUUUCCAGGUGCUAUAGUUUCUUCCUACCUCUCAAAUGCAUACCGAUUAGCAACUUAAAACUCCCAUGUAUACUUCAGUUCCCAUUGACCUAGUAUGCUAGCUGUUAAAUGGAAAUGGCCCAUGAAAAAUCAGUUCACUUACAUUAAAUAUUAACAAUGCUUCUGUUUAUCUUAGACCUAACUAGUAUAAUGUAAGCCCUGUAUUUACCCUUGCUGGAUUUUUUUCAGUAACAAGAUUCAGAACUGAUUUAACACCACCUUAACUCAUUAUUAUGCAGUUCAUUGAGCCAACAGGAAUAUCAAUUGAAUAACAAGCCAUCUCAGAAAGACAAAAUAAUUAACUUUAUGAUUCAGAGUGCAUACAUUUCUUGAGUAAACUGAAAUCCAGCUGUGUCUUUGGAUGUUUAUCAUAUGCUAGCUAGUUAAUAAGCUGUUGGCAAGUGUAAUUACUUCAAGUUUGGGUAUGUAAGGGCAAUGCUUUUAAGUGGCAGAACUGAAAUAGGUUAUGCAUGGGUCACAUAUACUAAGCAAUAAAGCUGCAGUUUGACAAAUGUUAAAUAUAAAUCACUUUGGUUUAAAGAUAUAGAAUGUGUCAAAAUAUAGUUUAUGUGUGAAAUUUCCUGAGAAUAGUGAACAACAGUAGAAGGAUGCUUGAAUAGCUUUCUAGUAAAUCUGCUUUUCUGCGGGAUGUUGAAUCCCUGUACUGUUCUUGCAUCAAUAUUGCUGCAUUUUCAAUAAAAAUGCACCAGUUGAUAUGGCCGCAUUUGGAGUAAAAGUAAUGCUAUAUUUUAAUUCUAUUUAAAAUUUAUAAAUUUUUUGUUUGAAUUUCUAAUGUUCUCUUUAUUCUGCUCAUACCCAUGGAGCCUGUCCCAGCACUUAGUAGGCAUAUUACACAGAGAUGGUCUUGGGUGGGACAACAGUCUGUUACAGAAUGCACACUCAUGCACACACACGCACACACACACACACACACACACACACACACACACACACACACACACACACACACACACACACACACACAUCUAUGCAUGAGCACAGAGCCACAGUACAGUACAUGUACAGCUAUCUAGAAGUUUGGUAAGCUUAUCAUUUCAUAUAUCUGAAUGCGUUUGGGAUGGAAGAAGAAUAUGGAUACCACAGCACAUAAGAGAACAUGCAGAGUCCACACAGAAAGCACUUCUUCUUGUUACUAAAUUUGUCAGAUACAGGAAGGGGUACCAUCAUGUUCUCAGUGUGGCAGAGCAUUAUACUGUCAGGGGAAAGCAACAAGGCAUUGUGUAAGGGCCGGUGACUUCUAUAUCAGAGUAAAGCAUCUCCAGAAAAAUUACAAAAGGAUGACACAUGGAGGAGAUGCUAAAACAUGGGACAGUGAGAAGGACUCAGGAGGUGACACUGUCAUGGGAAAAGUAGGACAGGCUCUCUUUUUACAAAGUUGGCUUUGGCAUAUUAGAAGUUUAGUGUCUUAGCCCUGUGGUGGUGGUGGAUGUUGUACAAAUCAUUCAUAGUAGAAAACAAGCAUGCUAGGUGUGCUACAUGGAUUUACACUGACCAGUAUCACAUACUGAAGGAUAUGCUACAGCAGGUGCAUACAAGGAUAUGAAAAUGUAUCUUAUAUGUUGUCCACAUAUAAAGACCUCAAAACUGUCCCUGCUUUGGAGGAAUGUUACUAUUUUCUGACCUGAUUUAGGAUAUCCCUAUUUUGUAUAUAUUCUUCUUUUCAGGCUUGAAUUACCCCUUAACACAAUUUUAUGAAUCCCCCUUAUCCCCUGUGAUUUUUGAACCUGUCUAGUACACAGAAAGCCCCACUACAUGACCAACAUACUAGUGCAAUAAUAAUUUAAAGAGGUCACACAUCUUACAGCACUCUUUUUCUGAAGCAAAAACAAAUUAUCUUGUAGAAUUUAGUGAUACAGUUCAUUAAAGUCUACAUAUUUUACACUGUUUCUUUGAUAAUGUGCUUAUAUUUUUCUAUCAUUUUUGUCAUUCUGUUUUUCAAACAUGUUUAGGAGUAGUAUUCCACAUUUCAACUGGAAGCGGAAAGAGUUAUGAGCUAUUUGGUAUUCCAAUCUUAUGCUAAUUAGAUGCCUAGAAUUUUAGCUAGAUAUUUCUAUUUCUCAAGGGCGUUUGUUCCUCUUUUCAGUGUCUGCAGGUUGAGACGUAUGUACACCCAUACCAUCACACAUACCCAUAUGGUUCAUGUUAUUUCACAUUUCGUGAUGCGGCUUCCUACAAUUGGGGAAUCUCAGUAUCAUUUGAGUACCUAGUUAUCAUUGUGGCGACUUCAACCUUUACAACACAGUAAGGCAUUUAUCAUAACAUACUUAACCUUUACUUUGUGCUUCACCAAUUUUUACUUACAUCAAAUGUUGUCACAAAGAUCCAGCACAUCUUCAUGGAAAGUGAUGUAGGUACAUAAGCACAGUGAGAAGGGUGGUAUUCUUCCAAAUUUGAAUACAUCAUACAGCAGUCACUUGCUUGAAAUCAGUACAUGCCUCUACUCCUAUUACAAGAUUCAGACAAUGCCUUCCACUAACUAAACAGUGGCUUGGAAUAUGACCCAGUAGGUGUUUCUGGACACUAAGGAUAGAUAUGAUAACGUUAAUAUUACUGGGGGCUGCAAAGAAUGAUCUAUAUUGUGGAUUUACACGUUUUUGAGCUGGCAAAAUGUUACCUUUCAGAUGUCUUUUGAAGUAAACUUCAGUUUUACUAUUUUAUGAGACCCUGGAUUUCUUUUUGAAGCUAUAUCUGUCCCUUUGUUGAUCAGCUUCCUUUCUGUGUCAUUCAUAUUAAAUUGGAAGAUGUUUGUCUAGAGUGGGAUUUCUGCCUUUGGCUUGUUGCUCAUUAUUACGGUGUGUUCUGUGGCCUGUAAUAAACAAAUAUGGAAACUUCAUAUGUUUCCUUAACUUAUAUCUGCAUGAAUUAAGUAAUGCUACGUGCAAAAUCCGUAGCAGCUAUGGCUACGUAGCUAAGCUCCAGUCACACUUAAGGCAAUAAUUACAGUAUAUGAAAUCUGUCUUUAAUGCAUUGCUUGCAGCUGCCCAGUUUCUAUUCUACAGUAGUACUUUACUUGCUUAGAAACAAAAAUAGACUUUAUGCAUUCUACAGCUGGAAAUGAAGAAAGUUGGAGGGAUUGAGUAAAAAAUGAAACAAUGUUUUAUUUGGUUAAGUAUCCCCAGGCAUAACAAAAAUUGGUGAUAGACCAUUCUAAUGUCUAGCCAACAGACAGACCAGUAAGAAAAUAUUGUAUUAUGGUUAAAUUUGAAGGACCGUGGGUUCCUUAUUACCAAUGAAGUAACCACACAAUCAAGUGGUGCAGUCUGUGGCAUUCCUGUGCCUGUCUUGAUAAGAAGGAACACAAUUGUGACUACUUAUAUAAGAAUUUAGUAUGCAAUAGGCAAUGUUUGCAUUUAUGUCAAUUUAGCUUGGAAAAUCUAAUUGCUGCAUGCUGUCAUUUCCCUGUUUUCAAGGUGAAGGGCUGCAUAUGUUGUCUCCAGAGCGCACUGCCUGUGAGUGGUAUGCAUUUGCAAAUUGCUAAAUGCUUUUUGCUCCACACUCCACCAAAAAUCAGACUGCUACUGAAAAGUGUUUUCUCACCUCUUCACAAGAAGUUAACAUCCAAUGGAUUUGCUAACCAUACCAUAAGUAUUAAAAUGACCCUCGCCUUCAUUUCAAAGUCAGGUGACCCAAGCAAUAAAUAAUAUUACUACUGAAUUCUGAAGCAAGAGGGUUCUUUAAUGCUUCAUCAUUGAUUUAUUCUAGAACAUUUUUGCAACUUUUCUACUUCCAGGGCUGCUGGAUUUGAGAAACAUGCCCUACACAAAGCAGCUCUAUUUAUGGUUUUCAGAUAUGCAAUAAUUCUAGCUUUGGAUAACUUUUUAGUGACUCUUAAAGCUGUCAGGUCCAUGAAUUUCCAUCUCUUCUGGACUUACCUUUAAAUGUCAAUUAUUUUCUGAUUGCCUUCCAUCAGUGCUCUUGAUCUUGCAGGUACUGCUGUCAUGUGUUCAUGUGGCAACUAAUCAGCUUGCUAGCCCAGUGACCAGAUUCUUGCCCUUUUGUCUAUGUUAUUUAAUAAUCCAAAGGUAUAGCCCCUCCUUUUUUUCAUUCUGGUUUUGUCUUCCAGCUAUAGUAUUGAAAUCAUUACGUGUGUCAAUGAGGGUAGCCACAUCUGUCUAAUGUUUGUUGAUAUUUAUUUUUCACUAACAUAAAUGAGUAGCAUAUCACUGCCUAUUUAAGAUGGUUGCAGACACAUUCUAAUGCAUCACAGUUAUGUGUCAUUCAUAGAGGACUGUAUGACACUGGGUGGCUACCCAUACACAUUCAUUUUUCCCUCUUUGACUGUCAUAAUUUUUGUUGAGCAAGACAAAAUGCCAUUAUCUUUUUUGAUAUGACAUACUUUUUUUCAUUUAUUAAGAGAAAGGUGAGGGCAAGUGUACAAUUUCAUAAGCCUCCAACUGGAGAGAAUAUAUUGAUGACUGAUAAGAAAAAACAUCCUUGUUAGAAAAAUCACAAGGGUCUCACUGAAAUGAAGUUUGUAGUACCAUUUAUAUUUCUCAAAUCCAGGCAAGAGUACUACAUGCACAACACCAACUUUCAAAAGAAACUAGUUAAGGCAAGAUGCCAGUGAGCUCCUGUCAUGACUUGAAAAUAAUUUACUAUUGAACUUUUUGCUGUCUGUGUUCUUCAGUUAUCAACAGGGAGCUUUUGUUUCUGACCAUGUCCUUGAAAUUCUUUUUGUCUGGACAGAGUUAUCUUAGCAAUUCAGACAUUUUUGUUACAGGACAGCAAGUGUAAAAUAAAUCUACAACACCUGCUGAUUACUAUAGCUUGUAUUUAAUAUAUGCACUUAAAAUCAAUUGUUGUACACUUUCACUUUUGAAGGCAUACAGUAGAAACAAACGUACAUUAGGUAGCAGACAAAGCGGUUGCAGAAGAUUAAAACAUAACACACUGCACUCUAUAUGGUUUCUAUUUUUCUCCAAUCAGCAUGGUAACACACUUUGUGUAUGAGUUAUCACAAAAGCUGUUCUUUUUCAUUAAGGCGAUAUAAUAGUUUGCACAAAAAUAGUUCUUCACAGCAUGUCUGGAAAGUCAAAAUUUCUUGGAAAAUAAGUAAAGCCUAUGAUAGCAUAAUUCAUACAUUGUUGUUGUACUUGAAAUCCAUAAUUCAGCAAAGAGAUUCCUUCCACAGAAUAUGUAGAAAUGUAGUUUGCUUUGUUUUAGACAAAUACCUCUGAUUUUAAUGCAGAAACUUAAAGCAUGUAGAUUCUGAGUCACCAAAGGAGAGUACACUGUUACUGGUGCAGGCUUCUGCUCCAUUAGGGAAAUAACACUGUUUUGUAAGGAAAUACAGUUGUCAUCUUAUUUCUAUUUACAGUGAAAAAUAUUUAUAUUUAACAUUGAACAAAAAACAACCAGACAGAAAAGAUGCUGUCCCCAGGAUUCCAACACCGCAAGCUGAAAGCUUCCAACAGGUUGCUUUCAGUCCUGUUUUUGGCACAUAGUUUUCACUUUCUGUUCUCUUUUGGUUACAUUUAACUUGUUUAAGAUGGAGUAAAAUUUUUAACUUUGCUUUACACCUCUUCUUAUGUUUCAUAGUUAAGAAUUAAGAUAAAAAAUAAUGGCAGGAAAAUGUGUUAUAAUAUUGUAAGAACUAUGUAGAGAUCCCAACCAAAAUGUUGCUCUUUUAAGACUGUUAUUAUUUUUUGUUUUUGUAGCAGCUAACCAACUACAUUUGUUUGCAUCAGGCUUCUUUAUCCAUCUCCAUAAAAUAUUAGCUGUCUUGUGUUUAUUUUUUUUCUGAUGCUUUUUGUGCAUUUUGGUUGUGUAAAUGUUUUUGUAGUGUAAGAUAUGAAAUUUUAUAUUUUUUCAUAAAAUAAAAAAAAAAUCCACAUUCUAA